CAAGGCUUUCCCUUUUACACCCAUUGCAUCCAACCAUGCCUAAUAAUUUGUUUGCGUGAAUUCAACGUUAUUUUGCUUUUCAACGACAUAUUACGUGUCUUUGGCCUCGACUCGCAUCAAACAUAUACAGAAUGGACGUUGAGAGCAAGAAAACAUAGCCUUUCUAGCUAUAUUUGUUUGCUAACUAGUAAACCUAGCUAGCCCGUUGCUAGCACCAACAACAGUAGUUAGCUAGCUAGCUGUAAGAUAAAACUACGCAGAGCUACAGCUGAGGGCACUGACAAACUACAGGGGGUAAAACAUCGAGACAGUUUCCUAAUAAAUGUCAUUUGUGCGCCGACAAUGCACGCUAAUUGUGCCUGCUUACAUGGGGACUUGCGGCGCUGUUGUCUGACAAUGACAAAUGUCAACAGAGAAUGUAAUAAACAGCAGGCUAGCUAGCCUACAUUUUUCUUUCACUUUUACCAGGUCAGAUAAAAGAUAUAGACGUUACUGAUAGUAUAGGGAUUUUUGUUUAUAUGCUGCAGUAGUCAAUAAAACUAAAUUACUUUGUAGCACAGUUCUGUGUAACGACUGGGAAAGACGCUAUGUCGGAUGCCCUGCUUACCUUCCAGACCCAGCUGUCCGGGGUCAUGGAAACGAUCUUGAGGUCAGCUAUAUGUGAGAUCACCAGGCUAGUGGAGGGCAGCUUCUUAGAGGAGGUUGGUCGUGGGAAACAAGAGGCAGAGGUUUUGAGACGAAGAGUACAACUCUUGGAAACUAAACUUGGUGAUCAGGAACGAGUAAAAAGGGUGCGAUGUGCAGAUUGUGGCAGAACUGGAAUCUCUAAGAAGGAAACAGAUGGUAGAGACUGUAGGACAAAAAAUGGUGUGGAGAUGGUUUGUGCUAUGAAGCAGGAAGGUACUUCUGAAGGUGGCAGGAGAAGUUAUGGGAAGGGAACCUUAACAUCAAACCAAGAGGCAUCUUCAAUAAUAACAGAUAUUGAACUUAAGAUUGUUGAAGUGGAAGGAUCUAAAGUGGAAGGGGCAGUAAAAGAGGAGGUCACGGAGGCUACAGAGAUGGAGAUCUAUUCUACACCUCAUUGCCACAAGGCAGAUCACAGAGAGCCACAGAGUGGCAGUGCUGGAGAGACAUCUGGUCUCCAUAUAUCACAGCAUGAUCAUAGGGUCCCACAGAGAGACAAACUAUCUGGUACAAAGUCCUGCAGUCCCAGUAAUCAGGAUUCAGCGAAACAAAGAACGCAUUCAAAAGGGCCAGAUUCUAAAACAGAGCAACCAGUGCGGUCAUCUCCAUCGCAGCCAGGACCUAUUGAAGUUGUGUCAUGCUCAGAGCCUCACACUGUGAAACAGCUGGCAAGCAGUUCUGACUCUCUCGCCAUUAAACAAGAGGUUGUAGUAGUGCUUCCCCCUGAAUGGGAGGAUGUGGAGAAAGUGAGGUCAGAGACCAUCCACAACCCUAGCAGGGUAAACCGGGCUCAGGAGGAACUCCAGCAUGGGGAUCCUCUCCCCAUCAGAUCUGCUGUGGAAGGAGGGGUGAUGUACAUUGGGCCUUGUGGUAAUGUCGAGGACCUCGCCUCUGAUGUUGCGCAGAAACUUGGGACACCAGGUCAAACACCUACCAAACUUGUUGAACGUGAAGUCAGUGUGCUACCUUCUAAUCCUGGCACCACAAAUGUGGCAAGAGGACAAUCAAUCCACAAGAGUCCCCCUGUACCAAAACCCCCUCAGGCGCUUCAGCACUUCCAGAGAGCCUACACAGAUGAGAGAACAAUCAGUGCCUUGCAAUCUGGAAGAAAUCUGACCCAGACAUUCAGUAUAAGAACUCACGGCCACGCUGGGCACCAUGUGGUCAGGGCGCCACAUAGCUGCACGCAGUGCGGCAAGGGCUUCUCCCAUCUGUGUCACCUAAGAGCUCACCAGCAGAUCCACACAGGAGAGCGGCAGUUCUGCUGCAGCCUGUGUGGCCGCAGCUUCACCAAACUCAGCAACCUGAAGGCACACCGCAGGGUUCACACGGGUGAGCGGCCCUACAUCUGCAUGGACUGCGGCAAAAGGUUCACUCAGAAAUGCAACCUGAAGAGACACCAGAGAAUUCACUCUGCCCACCCAUGACAAAGAGGUGUAGAUUUAGGUGUGGUUAGAUUUAGGGUCUGUCUGGCUCUGUCAAAUAGAGAGUAAAAAGGUGUUGUGUUUACAGUGUUUGUAAGCUAUUGUAUGGUGCACUCAUUUGUAUAUGUGUAUGUGAAUAACUUUUCUGCUAUUUAAGCAAUAUUGCAUUUAAAGACCUUGCAUAGCUGUAGUCUUUUUUUCAUAGUUGCAUGUCAGAAAUUGACAUCAGUAUGAUUUAUGAAUAAAGGACUUUUUUUUACAUUCCACACAGUUGUUAGUAUUGAGUUUUGGAAAUUGUAAGAACAACAGAUUAAGGCAGGCAUAACUAAUCACCACAGACAAAACAAUCUUGUAAUAAACAAGUCAUUACAUUGUA